UAAAUAGUCAGCAUUUCGUUUAUUUUCCGACAAAAAUUUCGUCAAAAUCGAAGAAAGAAAUAAGAAAUUGCAAGAAUGUCAGCUGAAACAAAAAAUAUUCCAAGAAUGCCAGUAACUGAAAUAACGGUCUCUCUAUCAAAUCCAAUCCCUACGUCGAAAAUUUUCUGCUAACGAGUCCGCGAAAAUGGCUAAAGAAUCGCUAAAUCUCCGCCUCCAAAUCGCACCUCCCAUCUCAGAACACAGAUAUUUUCCCGCAAUAAUCCAAGCUUCAAAAAAAUCCCCAAAUCAUGAGCUUCGAAUCAGAUACCAUAAUUCGAGGAAAAGCACCACCUCCGCAAGUAGAAGGGAGUUUAGGAGUGUCGAGGGUUCGAUCUUGUCGAUUAAAAGACUGCUUUAUUAUGUGAACAAUGGUUGUUUGGAAACUGCACUCCAACUGUUCGACAAAAUGGGCAAGUCAAAAACCUUUGUUUGGAAUGUUAUGAUAAGGGGGUUAGUUGAUUCUGGGCUGUUUCAAGAAGCGAUAGAGAUGUAUUAUCAGAUGCGAAUUGAAGGGAUUGAAGCAGAUAAUUUUACUUUCCCUUUCGUGAUCAAGGCGUGUGUUGGUUUGAAGGAAGGGAAGAAUGUUCACUCCACUGUUAUUAAGCUUGGUUUUGAUUUAGAUAUCUAUGUAUGCAAUGCACUGAUUGUGAUGUAUGCUAAGGUUGGCUGCGUUGAGGAUUCGGAGAGAGUUUUUGAGAGGAUGCCGGUAAGGGAUUUGGUUUCAUGGAAUUCAAUGGUGAGUGUUUAUGUCUUGGUUGGAGAUGGUUGGAGCUCGUUAAUGUGCUUCAAGAAAAUGCAGAGAGUUGGAGUUGGACUCGAUAGGAUCAGUUGUAUCAGCGCUUUGGGUGCUUGUGUGCUUGAACAUCGUUUGUUGAGUGGGAAGGAGAUCUUCUGCCAAGUGCUUAAAAACGGGCUUGAACUACAUCCAAUGAUCCAGAGCUCAGUCAUUGAUAUGUUUGGGAAAUGUGGUGGGGUCGAUUAUGCUGAGAGAUUCUGCGACAGAAUUGCAGAGAAGAAUGUGGUUGUUUGGAAUUCGAUGAUUGGUGCAUAUGCAGGGAACAAGAAGCCAUUCGAGUCAUUUGCUUGUGUGGAGAUGAUGCAAGAUGCUAAUAGCUACAUGGCACCGGAUACUGUCACGUUGAUUAACUUGCUUCCGUCGUGCUCAAACCUCAGAGCGCUGUUGCAAGGCAAAACCAUUCAUGGAUAUGCAUUUAGGAAAGGUUUCUUGUCUCAUUUAGUGUUGGAGACCGCCCUCGUUGACAUGUAUGGUAAGUGUGGGAGGUUGGUUCUUGCAGAGAGUGUGUUUUUUCGUAUGAAGACGAGAAACUUAGUGUCGUGGAAUGCCAUGAUUGCUGCUUAUGUCCAGAACUCGAAGGACAGGGGAGCCAUAGAAACUUUUAGAGAUUUGCAGCUUGCACCUUAUGUACCUGAUGAGAUAACAUUUGCUUCGACUCUUGCUGCCUAUGCUGAAAUCGCCUUACCAAAAGAAGGGGAGCAGAUUCAUGGCCUAAUCUGUAAAUUUGGAUUUUCAUUAGGUGUUUAUGUGGCUAAUGCCUUGAUUCAUAUGUAUUCCAAAUGUGGGGAUCUUGAGGCUGCGCGUAAAAUUUUUGAUAGAUUGGAGUUUAAGGAUCUUGUCUCGUGGAACACUAUCAUCAUGGCUUAUGCUAUUCAUGGCUCCGGAGCAUAUUGCUUCAGGCUUUUCUCUGACAUGAUAAAUGAGGGCCACGAGCCAAAUGGAAGCACGUUUGUUUCCCUUCUUUCGGCUUGUAGCAUUACUGGCAUUGUAGAUGAAGGUUGGGAGUUUUUUUAUUCGAUGAAGAGGGAUUAUGGAGUUGAUCCUGGCAUAGAACAUUAUGGUUGUAUGCUCGAUUUAUUAGGCCGUGCUGGUAAUCUUGAACGUGCUAAACGCCUCAUAGAGGAAAUGCCGUUGGAACCAACUUCUCGGAUAUGGGGAUCUUUGUUAGCUGCAAGUCGACAUCACAGAGACAUCACACUGGCUGAGCUGGCUGCAAACCAUAUUUUCUCUUUAGAUGGUGAUAACACCGGGUGCUACGUUUUGCUUGCCAACAUGUAUGCUGAAGUCGGGAGAUGGGAAGAUGUGGAACGCGUUAGAAGCUUGAUGAAGAAACAAGGGUUGAAGAUGACCAGCAGCUGCAGCAUACUCGAGCACAAUGGUAGAACUCACAAGUUCAAGAAUCAUGACAGAUCACAGAGCUAUGCUGUCUAUGAAGCUCUUGAUGUUCUUUCAAGAAAGAUAGGCGAAAACGGCGUACAUUGUUCGAGUGUUUCUAAGUUCAAGCCAACAGAAUCACUGAAAGCAAGAGGUAAUUCUCCAAUGUUCCACAGUGUGAGGCUGGCCACUUGCUUCGGUUUGAUCAAGACAACGAUAGGGGAAAUCGUGCUUAUAAGAAAGAACGUAAGGUUAUGUGAAGAUUGCCAUUCUGCAACGAAGAAGAUCUCACUCGUAACGAAGAGAGAGAUAGUUGUAGGAGACUCAAAAAUGUAUCAUCAUUUCAAAGAUGGGAGAUGCUCAUGUGGAGAUUACUGGUAGUAGGUAUCUCACUUGGUUGCUUUUGCAACAGAAAUUUGAAUCUUGCUGGAAAAGAUCCACGUCGUAGUGAGGCAAAAACGCGUUAGGAGCUAGCUCGACACGCCACAGGGAAGAUGCUGGUAGACUGCUACUAUAAUGAUCAGACUUUAAAAAAAAAUGUGUUGUGAUAAACUGGUUUAGCUCUCUUGCUAGAUUGUGUUCAAGAGGUUGUUACUCAAAUGUAGCGACAGGAAGGCAAGGAAAGGAGAAGUGGUGAUAGAAUUUGGUAAAAUAUAUUUAUGAUUGAAUGCAAUUGUAUCAUAAUAUCUUGUUCACAUUUAUGCUUGAUUAUACAUGUUUCAUACAGUA